CUCACCUUUUCCCCUUCGCCGACUCAACAAUCUUGGGGACUGUUUUUUAGGUUUUUACUCGAUCUUCAUCAACUUCUCACAAUCACAAUAUCACAAUCACUUCGAUUCACAGUUCUGCCUGCUACGUGCCAGGCACUGACAUCCGAUCUCCGAUUACAAAAUUGAUUACAUUUCACAACAACUACGGUAUCUAGUUAAUCCACUAACAAACAAACAUGAUUACGAUAUUUCACGACAGCAAGUGCACACAAGUGGAAGUAUGUCACAAUUAUGAAGUAGGAUUUUUAAACAUGUUAAUAUUCACAAAUGCAGAUUUUACACACUCAUUGGUGGGCGGUGCAAAAUGUAGCGAUAUAACGCGCUAAUUACUGCAAACGAUGCGACUAUUAUUAACAGUGCCCAGAUAGCCUUGUCAGACAAGAAGAAGCGGACAAAAUGCGAGGUUUCGAGUUUAGACUCAUAUUCAUUUUUACGCUGCUUUGGCCUACAAUAACAACAUUGCAAGGAGCAGAGCAAGGCCUGCAUCAAGUUUACCGUGUCAACAUUCCCUCGAGCGCCUACCCGGACAAGAGACUCGAGGGCUUUGCUAUCAAGACCGUGUCGUCCAAGAGCCUCAUCUCAUGCGCUCAAGAAUGCCUAAAGCUCUUUCCGCGCUGCAAAUCGUACAAUUACAUCAACACUGCAGGCAUUUGUGAGUUGAACAGUAACGGAGUGUCGGGAACAGACAGCGAGAAUCUGAAGGAAAUGAAGUCCGCCUUAGGAGCAGUGUUUACAGAAAUACUGGAGCAAAAGAUACUAUUCAAGCACUGCAGUGACCACUUCAAAUACGGCGCGAAACUUAACGGGCUCUACUACGUCCAAGAUACACAUCACAACUGGUACCCAGCCUACUGCGACUUCACAUCAGAGGCCGGGAAAGCCUGGGCACUGGUGCUAUCUUUCAGCUACGCAAACCGCGCCAAGCAAGAGUUCACUACAUCUUACUUCCCAAAGGAUGACCCGCUUGCAGAAGAUAACCCCAACUGGCAAGCGUACAGACUUUCGAGACAAAGAAUGGAGUCGCUUCAAGGGGCGUCUGUUCGCUGGAGAGUCACUUGUAACUUUGCGACAAUGGCCUUGGACAACAGGGAUUACUUGAAGGCGAGGAUAAGCGAAUUGAAUUUGUUUACAUUUGAUGGUAAAAGCAAGUGCGGCAAAGUUGAGUACAUCAACGUCAUGGGUCAUAACUGUAGCGCGUGCACAGCUUCGUUCUACCAGUUCGAUGGCCAGAUAUUCCACCAUGACGGCACAGCAACUGGAUGCACUUUCACGCCCGCUUCUGGUAGCGUGCCCAGCCAAGACAACUUUGGAUUUUAUGAUAACACAAACACAAAUUUCCGGUGUACGUCCUCAAACGAAUCAACGACAAGCUAUUGGUUUGGAGCAGAUAUAUAUUAGAUGUCAAAAAAAGUAAUCUUUUGGAAAAUGAUAGAGAUCUUUCUUAGACUUCUUGGCGCGACUCUGUCUGGACGGGGCGUGAUGCCGUGACCGUUGAUGAUGAUGCCGUGACCGUUGCGUGAUGAUACCGUGACCGUUGCGUGAUGAUACCGCGACCGUUGCGUGAUGAAGCCGUGACUGUUGCGAGAUGACGCCGUGACCGUUGCGUGAUGAUGCCGUGACCGUUAGGUGAUGAUAACGUGACCGUGCGUUGCAUGAUUAUACCGUGACCGUUGCGUGAUGAUACCGUGACCGUUGGGUGAUGAUACAGUGACCGUUGCGUGCUGGUGCCGUGACUGUUGCGUGAAAAUUUCAUGACCGUGACGUAAAUGACGUUUGCCUGACGGUAUCGUGUCUGUUGGCUGAUGGCACGACGGCAACGCGAACGUUGACGACAGAAGACAGUUGAAAAUUCAAAGUCAGACGUCAAAUGCACUCUAUCUGAUACAUUUCAGCCGUUUUCCUCAAAACUUCAACAUGAUAAAACUCAUGAUAAAGUCCGACUAGACUAGACUAUCCUUGCUCGCAAUGUUAGAUAUAAGUUUUUUGAAACUACAAAAAUGAGUUGAUUUUAUUGAAAGGUCGUGAAAUACUAAUUUUUUCCAUGUGAUAACAUUGAAAGUGCACACCCUCCAACUCAAGCAAGUCCUGGGUACGCGCCUGGUAACGGUUCAUGACCCAUGUAAAGAAAAUUUAGCCAAAAGUUGUCGUUUUUGACAAACGCGGUCACUUCCAUAUAAGGAAACUAAUAUAUUCCUUAUUUGGAAAACUUGCAUGAUUCUUAUCAUUUUAAAGGUUGCCGUACAGCAGAUGCUUUGUAAACAUUAUGACUUAUAAUCAGAAGAGAAAAACAGUGACUGUGACCAUCCUUGGUCAAUGGAUAAAGUAUCUGAAAAAAAUAAUGAUAAGAUUCCUCGGUACCAGUCCCUCAAAACGACAACGUUUUAUUUAUAUAGUUAAGGUUAGCAUCCGGAAAUCCAGAGGUAAACAUAUCAUUUGUUACAAGUCAGGCUAACUGAAUGUUAGGGUUUGGGUUAGGGAUAAUUGUCGUAUAAAGCUUCAUAUUUUUAUCUUUAGAAAUGGCAGACCUUAAGUUUUCUAUAUCUUUUUGAGGAUAAAUAAUAAAACCCAAAUAGUCGUGUUCGUGAACCAGAAGGAUGAAUACAAUACACCAAAAUCUUCUUCAGGGCAGACUUUGUUUAUAAUUGAUAUAGUUGAUUUCUUAAAUCUAGUCUAUAGAGCAGACUUUGUUUAUAUAUUAACAAAGUUUAUAUAUCAACAUAUAUAGUUGAUUUCUUAAAUCUAGUCUAUAGAGCAGACUUUGUUUAUAUAUCAACAAAGUUUAUAUAUCAACAUAUAUAGUUGAUUUCUUAAAUCUAGUCUAUAGAGCAGACUUUGUUUAUAUAUCAACAAAGUUUAUAUAUCAACAUAUAUAGUUGAUUUCUUAAAUCUAGUCUAUAGAGCAGACUUUGUUUAUAUAUCAACAAAGUUUAUAUAUCAACAUAUAUAGUUGAUUUCUUAAAUCUAGUCUAUAGAGCAGACUUUGUUUAUAUAUCAACAAAGUUUAUAUAUCAACAUAUAUAGUUGAUUUCUUAAAUCUAGUCUAUAGAGCAGACUUUGUUUAUAUAUCAACAAAGUUUAUAUAUCAACAUAUAUAGUUGAUUUCUUAAAUCUAGUCUAUAGAGCAGACUUUGUUUAUAUAUCAACAAAGUUUAUAUAUCAACAUAUAUAGUUGAUUUCUUAAAUCUAGUCUAUAGAGCAGACUUUGUUUAUAUAUCAACAAAGUUUAUAUAUCAACAUAUAUAGUUGAUUUCUUAAAUCUAGUUUGUGGAACGUCAUAUGUCGUCUGUAGACCUGUGUUUCGAUUAUCUUUUCUUCGCCACAAUCUGGGGUGUGUUGUAUUUUAAUAACGUGGCGGAACACUUAGUUAUUUGGAAAUUGGUCUGGAAAAGUUUAUCUGAGCAUCUUUCUGAAAUCACUUACUACACUCACCCCUUGGUUUAGACAUCGACUUUAUCAUUACUUUAUAUACAGAAAUCUUACAGACAUCUGUUGUAGUCACGUAGAUGCUGCGCAUGCAUAGUUUAGUUUCCAAAGUUGCUCAAUCAUCAAUGCUGUUUAGAGCUAGAUGGACUUCAUGACUUUUUUGUAAAUAUGCUAGGAAGAGGACCAACUCGGUGAUUACCCCACUCAUACUCUUUUGGCUGAUUGGUUAAUUUUGCUAAGCAUACCAAAUUCCCCCCGUCCCCUCUUGAAAUGUUUUUACGUUUACAUCUGUUCUGUUGGGUUUUAUACCACAUGGAUUGCUGUCUGAUUGGCGUAUAAGUAGAACAAGCUUAGCCUUCAGUGUGUCUGUGUUAGUUGUGUCCUUCUUGCUGUAUUCUUGAAUUAAAUCAAAUAGAAAGCA